GCACUCAAGCGCUUUAUGCUCAGACAAAUCAAAUUCUUUGCCUCUCAUGAUCUUCAGAUGGCGCUUGAAACAAACAUGCCAAAGACAAAUCUCACAAAGCCAAAGCUGUAUGGACAAGAACUUGAGGACUUCCCUGAGUAUUACAUUUUUGAUAGACCAAUCACGCUUAUCUAUCUAAAUCAUAAUGGUGAGAAACGUAUGCUAUUCAUUGAUGAAAUCAACAAGUACUGUGACGGAACCCUGAAGAUUGUGAAAGAAAAGCUGCAACCGAUCAGAGAAGCAUUCAAAGAAAGACAACAACAGUAUGCAGAUGCGACAGAUGCCGAAUUAAAGGAAGCACACAGAAUAGACAAAAUUCUACAGGCUAUCCAGAAACAACUUGAUAAACGAAAUUCACUCAGAAACUAUGAGCACGCACUUAAUCUCAGAAAGAACUAUUACAAAGCUCAGAAGUGAAGAAACCCA